AUGUCUUCUGCACUGGCAAAAUUCGCUCCACUGAAGGCUGAGAUUCGUCUGAUGCAGGCUACAAAAGAGUUCGAGGCAGACCUUUCCGACGAGCAGAAGAAAUCCUUCCUCACCAACAUAUCCCAGUCGUGCCUAUCACCUCCUAGUAUCCACGAUAUCAUGCGACUCACGGCCGAAAUCGACCGUCGCAUUUCCGGAAAGUUCAGCGGUCGGCGAGGCUUAGGGCCGCGUUUGACCAAUAUACUACAAGCUGUUCAGCAGUUCGCGGCGCUCGGAGACAUUAUAAUCGGUGGCUCCCAGAACAUGAUUGCAUGCGGUAUCUGGUCACUGGUGCAGUUAACAUUACUUUCGCUCGUAAACUUCUCUUCCUGCCUCGAAAAGUUGUCGACUCUUCUCAUGAUCGUCGGUCGAUCGGCUCCCCGCUACGAAAAGAUGGCCUUGCUCUAUCCCCGGUCCAAGAUUCUACGGUCAGAUCUGGCUGAAUAUUUCAUCGUGGUUGUUCGUCUCUGUCACCAGAUAUUAAAGUUAACGAAGAAGUCGAUUCUCGGACAACUGGUGUCGUUCCCAAGCGACUCCGACAUGAAGAAUUACCAAUCGGAGCUAGAUCGAUGGGCCAGUUCGAUCAGAGAGGAGGCGAACUUGCUGAUGGGCGAGGAACAGAGUUCUCGCUUCAAAGCUCUAUUAAGGUCCUCUAAAUCCGAGUCACACCGCCAAAGGCUGAAGGCUCAUGCCCAUGUCCUCGAUUCCUACUCUACAUACAACUAUCAGACGACGUGGAAGCAGGUUCGAAAGGUUGGAAACGCGACCUUAUUUAACCAGACCCCUGAAUACUACGCGUGGAAGGUCCGAGCAGGUUCUUGCACACUGGUGUGUAGAAGCAAGCUAGAGUCGGGAAAGUCCGUCCUACUGGCCAAUAUUAUCGAUGAUUUGAACCUUCAUAUUCAAAGUACAGAACAACCAGUAGCAUAUUUCUUUUAUCGCCACGACAUUUCCAAGAGCUUGAUAGCGCGCACAGUCAUUGGCUCUUUAGCUCGACAAUUAUUGCGCCCAAUUUCAGACCUCACCAUAGUAGAAGGACUCAUCAAUGAGAUUACCUCAGUCGUAGAUUCCAACACAAUACUCCGCAUACUCCAGCGCGCCCUUCCACCUAACUUCAAAGCUUCCUUUAUCCUAGACGGGCUGGAUGAAUGUGAUGAUCUUCAGGCAGGGAUAUUAAUUGAAUAUCUUCGGGAACUCCAGGACGCAUUUGCACUAUGUAUUUGUGUUUCAAUGAGAUUGGAGGCCGACGAUGCCUUAAGGUCAAGCCUGGAAUUAUUCGCCAAGCACAGUACUAUUGCGAUUCCUGACGACAAUCCCGACAUUGCAGGCUUCGUCAGUGCAGAGUUGGAGAGGUGCAUAGAAUCCAGAAAGUUGACAAUAGGGAACCCUGUCCUUGUCAUUGAAAUAGAGGACGCCCUGCUGCAAGGUGCUCAGGGAAUGUUCCUCUGGGUGGCUCUUCAGAUUGAAUCAUUGUGCGCCGCCAAGACAGAUGAAGCCAUUCGCCUGGCAUUAAAGGAUCUCCCCAAAAGUCUCCCAGAAACAUUUUCUCGGAUCCUGCAGAGAUCGGGAGAGUUGGGAAAGCAUUAUCAGACGCAGAUAUUUAAGCUUGUCGCCGUAGCUCACCGACCAUUAACAACAGAGGAGCUUCGAGACGCCUUGAGCGUAGUUCCAGGCGAUACUGUCUAG